GCUAUACCAUCAAGCGAGAAAAGGAAUUAUAGCAAAAAAAAUCACCUGACUGAAAUUGAAGAUAAAUAAUAAUGCCACAACAACCGUGCAGAGAUUGUGGUAGCUUGAAUAUCGAUCACGAUAGUUCAUCCGGUAGCUCAUAUUGUGCAAACUGUGGUAUCGUCUUUGAGGAAUCCAAUAUCGUCGCAGAUGUUGGAUUUACAGAGUCAUCUUCUGGACAAGCGCAUGUAACGGGUACACUAGUUGCUCAUGAUGCUACCGGAACAAGCAGAGAAUCGAGAGAUAAGACAAUACAAGAAGGUAAACGUCGCGUCAGACAACUCGCGGCCGCUCUUAGAAUAUCAGAAGCUGUAGCGGAAUCUGGAGAGCGAAUAUACACGCUAGCAGUACAAAAUAAUUUCAUAAGAGGUCGUAAAGCGGUCUACAUAGUAUCAGCUUGUCUAUAUGCUGCCUGUCGUUUACAGAAGGAUUCACACAUGCUGAUUGACUUCAGUGAUUUCUUACAAAUUAACGUAUUCGCACUCGGUACUACCUACCUACGUCUGGUUGAAAGGCUUGACUUGAAAUUACCUGAAAUGGAUCCAUCUAUUUACAUUCAAAGGUUCGCAUCUUUGUUAGAAUUCGGUCAAGAAACUCAAAGGGUAGCGAGUGAUGCUACAAGACUUUGUCGACGUUUUGAUGAAGAUUUUAUCAGUCAUGGUCGUCGUCCAGCAGGUAUCUGUGGUGCUGCACUACUCCUAGCAGCUCGUAUGAACAAUUUUAGAAGAUCUGUUGAAGAGAUCGUACAAGUUGUAAAAAUUGCUGACGUCACUGUUCAAAAGCGUCUUGACGAGUUUAGUAGAAGUACAGCAGGUGAUCUUACCAUCGAGGAUUUCCGUGAUGAUCAACACUGGCAUAAUAACAGAGCUAACGAGGAAGCGUUACCACCAACAUUCUACAAAGCUAGACGUAAAGAGAAGAUUGAAGAGGAAGCUGCUGCGAAACCUGAGAGCGAAUUAGCCCAAAAGCUUCAAAGAGCUAAGGAGAAGAAGCGUAAUCUUGAAGCCUCAACACGUCCAAAGAGAAAAAGAAAUGAUCCAAUUCAUAAACAAUUUGAAGACUAUUAUGAAACUAUAUGUGGUGUCAGUGGCGUGUUAGAGGAUUUUACACCACAGAAAAUAAGCAAAGGAAUAGAGAAGGCUCGUGAGGAUAGAGCUCGUUAUAAGCAGCAGAAAUCACGGCAAGACGACGAUGAUUAUUCAGGCUCUGAAAUAUUUGAAUUGGAGUCAGAAGAUGGUGAUGAUGGCAAUACAUAUAGUAGGACUUCUAUCAGAAAAUCCGAUAGACUUCUGCGUAAUUCAGAAGAACCAAGUUAUGUAUAUCCGGGUGAGGAUGAAGUAAAUGAUGAACAGGCUUACGAACAAGGUAUCAGCAAUCAACCAGCAAAGCUCAGAGAUAUCAGUAUCAAUCAUGUGGUUACUACUCCGAUAAACAAUGAUCCCGAGACUCCUUCUAGAGAUGAGGAAGAAGAAGAAGAACGAGGAGAGCGAGGAGAACAGGAAGAAGAGGAAGAAGGAGAAGAAGAAGAAAGGAAGGAUGUUGAACUUGAGGAGGAACUUGAUAUAGAUCACAAUGAAAAAGAUGAUGAAGACAAUGAAGAGGAAGUUCUUGACACCAAGGAGGAUGAAAACGGUGCGGAGGUCAUCAAUGAUGAAAAUAUCGAUAUGGAAAAAGCUCAUAAUACACCCAACCAACCUGAUGACGGAACUGUAGAAGAAGCAGGUUCACCAUCCGCCGCCCCAUUAUCCGAGCAACAACCCGGAGAAGAUGAUUCUAACGAGAAGGAUGAGAAUGAAAAAUAUGAUGACAAAGAAGGUGAAGAAGUAGUCGAAGAACCAGGUGACCCGGAUGUUAAAUCUUCAGCUCCAAAUGAAGAUGAUGAAGGAAUAACGCAAGAGAUAACACAAGCACUUGGUGAUCCAAACAUUCGCUCGCUUGCAAACACACUCGAUAAUGUUGAUGAGAGACGUAGAAUCGAGCUUGAAAGGAGGAACGCAAACGUCGAUGAAUUACAAGGUCUAGAUGAAUCUGAAUUAGAUGAUAUGAUUCUAGGAGAAGAUGAGGUUCGAGUUAAAGAGAGAAUAUGGAUGGAAUUUAACAAGGAUUAUCUAGAAAAGAUUGCCCUUCACCAGGCUACUGGUCAAGAUCAGCAGAAGAAACCUCGUCGUAAGAAACGUAAAGCUAAAGACCAAUCAGCAAAACCAGAGAAUGCAGCUGAAGCGGCAUCACAAGUACUCAAGCAGCGUAAGAUUUCCAAGAAAAUUAAUUACAAUGCGCUCGAUGGACUCUUUAAGAAGGACACAGGCACACCCGAAAUUAAUAGUCUUGCACCUGGAGAAGUAGAUGAUAAGGAUGAUGAUAAAGAAGAUGCGAAAGAGGAUGAAGAAGAAGAGGGCGAAGACCAAACAGCACUUGAAUAUGGUGCAGAAUUUUCUGAUAAUGAUAUGGAUUAAUUGUUGUUUAUAUAGAUAGCUGUUGUAUACUUAUCUAAUUUAUCUAAUUUGUUAAUG